GUUAUCGUAAUGUUUGCUUUGCUUGUCAAAAACAUCAAUUCCAAUAAUUGAUAAUUGCUUGAAAAGUGUUUUAUUCAGUCUCCGGGCAUGGACAAAGUCGCGCUGUUGCUGAUGCUGUUGGCAAUUCUUCUCGCCGCUGAUGCUCUUGGCUACUCGGUGCAGUUUGGUAUGAUGCACCCACUGGCUGUGCCCAUUUAUGAGGCGGAAAUGUGCCCCAAUAAAUCUGAAAAGUUUCUCGAUGUGGAGUACAGGCAAAAGGACAAAUUGAUUUCCAAUAUUAACCUGAUUUUGGUCAUGGACCAGGGUCAAGUGGAAUGGCUGGUGGAUGCAUCCAUACUCACUGGCGGAAUCGGCUGCAACUACACCACCCUGCGAUUGAGCUGCAGCCAGCCAGAGGAAGCGAAAGUCACGGUACUCAUCUACGGACUGCCAAGGAGCGACGCCUCAAAAAUACACAUAUCCUAAGCUAGAUCAGUCUUUGCUC